AUGGUCAAUUUAUCAUUUUAUGAUGAGGUUUGCUCACUUCUUUCUACCUCUCGUUUCAUAUUUUUGAUUUAUAUUGGACAGCGUCUUUAUAAGAGUCCUGUUGUUAAUUCAGUAAUUGAUUUCGUUGGAAAAGAGCAUCUCUUUCUUAUCUGUAUAUCUGCCACGGGAUACAUUGUGUUUACUAACAUUCAUGGAUGCAUUCUGAUAUCUGUAGCAACAAAAGGCAACAUGUAUCCAGUGUCAUCGGGAGUCAUACAUCCAAUGUCAUCGAGAAUAAUGCAUCCAGUGCCAACAAGAAUCAUGCAUCCAAUGUCUUCGGGAGUCAUGUACCCAAUGCAAUCAAGAAUCCCACCUCCAGUGUCAUCGAUAUCAGAACAUUUCCAUCAUCAACCCGGUACAUAUAAGGAUCCAUUAUAUACACAUAGUGGUAAUUUAGAGCAGAAGAAUCAUAAUUCAAAACAAUUGUUGAAAUCUGAUCCAUCAACUUCUAUGCCAGCUAUGGAUACAUCAGUGGCGAAAAAUUCUAAACAUUUAACAUCCCCUUUAUCAACGGAGGUUUGUGUACCUACUUCCAUGAUAGCAACUCCAUGCUUCUCUUCGAGUGCGCCAGAAGCCACUAACACGUUCCAACCGCAAUCACCUUCAAAAGAUAUGUCAUCAUAUAAGAGUGCCUCUCAGAAAGGGCUAUUUUCUCUUGAUACAACGCCGAAAAGAAAAACAGAGAGAAGGUUAGCACGACAUAUUCGACGGCAACAGCAAGCAGAUGUUGUCAACUUUGCGGGCGCAAAAUUCAGUGAAUCGCCUCAGGCAAAAGUAGUACCGUUGCCACCUUUUAUAUGGUGUGAAGAAGCAUCAUCGUCGUCAUCUUGUUCUGGUGAUGAGCAGUCUAUAUCAUUGAUUACAGAAGUCAUAAAAAUGGAGAUGCCACGGCAUGGGGAUGAGACACCAAAAUGGAAUAAGUGCAGUUCCAGCUUACAAGUGAUGCCACUACAUUUUGUUGCUGCAUUGCCGAGUUCAUAA